UAUAUUCUUUUCCAAUUAGUCCUUAGUACUCUUAUUGCCCGACAAUGGCGCCAUGUGCACAUAGCUGGGUAAAGAUGACAUAUCCAUUGUUGAUCACAUGGUGUACCUCAAAAAAAUAACUACUUUAAUUUAUAAAUGUGUUGCAGUCAUAAAAUUCAAUUCCAAAUACAAUUAAAUCAGUCCACAAGUCCAACAUGAAUGAGUGUGACAAUAACUGUCGGCUGUGUCUGAACAACCUAGACGAGACUUUCUUGUCAAUAUUUUCGAAGUCCAUCAACGGCGAGCCGUUACUCUCCACUAAAAUCAUGAUCUGCCUGUCUCUUCCGAUUGAAUCCACCACAUCAUUUUCCGCGAAAAUCUGCAAAAAUUGCAGCGAGGAAAUCACACGUUUCUACGAUUUCCGGGAGAAAUGCUUGAGGAGUCACUACAAUUUAUCACAAAGCUGUCAACAUUCAAAUAAUUCAGAGAAUCGCCUGACGAAGGGUGAAAAACUAAGCCAAAAAAUUCAGGAUCGUGACUCAUCAUUGGUUCCUCGUCAUUAUUCCCAAAAUACUUCAAAAAACCCGGACUUCAUAGAUAGCAAAACGAAAUCCUUAGUACUCCUGAACGCGCCCUCCAACCAACCCAUGUUUACUCCAAAAAAUCAAGUGGAAGAGUCUCUAGACGUCCCACAGGAUCCCACGAUUUCCCUAAAAGCUGGAUUCCAGAACACAAUUUACGAAUACAAAUGUUUGCACUGUAACAAAUUAUUUUCGGACUUGGAUGCUGCCUCAAUGCACUGCACGAAGUGUAGUAAUUCCCCCGAGAAGGAGUUCCUCUCAGAAGACAUCAACAAUGCCACAUCUAAGGAAACACCAUCAGAUGAAAAUAAAGAAAAGAGGAUUUCCCCUGAAAUACUGAAAUCAAGCCCAAGUUUUUCUGAACAAUCAGCGAGUAAAAUCAAACCCGAGAAAGUAACUGAAUGUUCUAAAUGCAAUGCCAAAUUCUCACGUCCAUCUCUCCUGAAACGUCACAUGUCAGUACAUACAAAAGAGCGUCCAUUUGCCUGCGAGACCUGUAACAGAAGAUUCGCGAUGAUGGGCCAGUUGAAUUUCCACCGAAAGUUCCACGAGAACCCCCGUUACCGUUGUAAAUUCUGCGAGAAGCCCUUCCUUCGUCCCAGUGACAUGGAGAAGCACAUGAGAACUCAUACAGGUGAAAAGCCCUUCAUCUGCGAGAUCUGCGACAAGUCGUUCGCGCAAUUGGUGGCCCUGAAGCAGCAUCAGAGAGUGCACACCGGUGACAAACCCUACACCUGUGAAAUUUGUGACAAAAAAUUCUCGCAGAAGGCGAAUAAAAUGAAACAUUUAAAAAUUCAUAAGGAAGGGACGAAACCGCAUACUUGUGAGAUUUGUGGACGGAGUUUUUAUGAAUACGAGGAGAUGGUAUUGCACAGGGCGGGACAUGGAGGUGGAAAACCAAGAAAGUGCGAUCAUUGUAACGAGAGCUUCAGGAAACGCUCGGAGUUGACUGAUCAUAUCAGGAGACACCACACAUUCGAGAGACCUCACAAAUGUGCAUUUUGCUUCAAGGGAUUUUACUCACUGUACAAUUUGAAACAACAUGUCAUGAUUCAUACUGGACAGAGACCAUAUUCAUGUGGAAUAUGUGAUUCUAAAUUCACACAGAAGGGAAAUUUGACGAAGCAUUAUGAAAGGAAACAUAAAAAUCGAGGACCGAGUCUAGGAGAGGAUGAAAAAAUGGAAGAUGAAACGAAAAUUAAUGACUGAUCAUUCACUGGCACCUGUGAAAGCGAAAUUAAUGAGGAAAUAUAACAGAGUGAAUCUACAAUUAAUACCAUAAGACUCUGGAUGGUAUUCCCAUGAAUAUCUACAAACAAUGAUUAUUGUGGAUGAGGUAUUGCCUUGUGCAAUGUAUUAAUUUAAAAUCACGUAAAAACCUAAUUUUAUGAAAGGGUUUGACAGCAACUUAAAACUGCUGGUGAAACCCGGAUCCAAACUUUAGCGAACAUUAAUGAUUGAACGAAUUUCAGUUUCACUUGAAAUUUUUCUAUUAUUCAAUACUAACCAGUGAAUAUGUGAUACUAGCUAAAACACGAUAUUUUUGUAUUUUUUUAAAUUAUGAAAAACCCAUAACUGAAAAAAUAGGUAGUCAAUAAAUCGAAAUUUCAUUGACAGA